AUGGGAGCCUGGGAGGGAAGGAACCGCCGUCGGUCGACUUCUGCGACCCCGCGCGGUAGACCGGUAUCACGUGCCCGCUCGACGCUGCUCGACGCGUCGGCUCUCGAGCCACCUCGCGCGCCACGCCUCUCUCGUGCCGUCCGCCUCCUCGCUCCCGACCGAUUCGGACCGCCUACGCCGGUGAUAAGCCACCGCAACUCUCUUCCGCCCCCCGAUUGGUGGUGGUACCCCCGAGUGCAAACUGGACGGGCUGUGGAAGAAGACCAAGAAGGCCGCGGCGCGUGGAUCGACCGCGACGACCGCGACCGCGAGCACGACCAGCAGCAGCGGCGCCAGCCUUGACCCCUCGUCGUCGGCGUCGUUGUCGUCCCAGUCGUCGGCGUCGUGGUCAUCGUCGAUUCACUCGCCUUCGCUGUCGAUCCAAACCGCAGAUCUGGUCGCUCAUCAACAGUACUAUGCCAAGCAGUCUUCGCUCGACUCGCCCCGCUCUGCGACGACACACUUCGAUAGCCUGCCAACCUCAUCACCACACCCGAACCGAAACCACGACCACGACGAUCAGGACACGUGCAUACACCCCUCUCAGUACCCGUUCAAUCCAACGACCAGCAACAUCUCCUCGUCGAGCAAACACGAUCGUGAUCGCUUGACUGCGGCCCUCAACAAUCUAGGCACCGUCUCAAGCAGUGGUGAAUCGACGUCGACGCUCAUGGCAAGACAGGCCUCGUCCAGCUCGUCGUCGACCGCGGCCUCGUCCUCAGGGGGGCCUUAUUACUCGUCGCGACCAACGGCGAUAUCCCUUCCUGUCAACCUCAUAUCCCAGGUCGUACCCAGUACUUCAUCCUCCCGGAAUCCCAAUGGCGCGGCCAAGUCCAAGUCCACGUCACAGUCUUACUCGCCGCCCGGGGAUGGCUACGACGACCAGUCGAUCCGAUCCGUCAGAGUCGUCGGCAAGCAAAGGGUCGACUCGCUACCCGCGUCCGACCCCGCGUCCUCGUUCGACUAUGAUCGCCACUCAUCCGUAGCCGAAGAUUCGCAUGGGUCUUCCUUCGAGAGGGAACGCGAAACUCAAAAUCCGUCAACCAAAACCUCAUCGUCGUCCUCAGGCGCUAACAAAUUUGCUGGCUCGUCGCGCUUCUCGACAACAUCUUCGAACACGGGCUAUCGAGGUGAAGCAAUUCGGCCAACGGCUUCGAUGGUGUCGACCUUUUCCAAUUCGACGGGCAGUCACUCGUCCUACGCUCCUUCGUUGGCUUCGACCAGUCGAUCAGGUGUCAAGGGCGAACAUGCCGUUUCGGUCGCUUCCUCCCUAGCGGCUUUGCCUUCGCCGACGAACAAACCCCCCCGGAGGGCAUCGGCCUUUUCGACGCUCUCUCGAGGCUCCGUAUCGCUGAACCAAGGCUAUACCGGUCCUUCACCUUACUCCUCCGAGUUCGAACUCCAGCGACCUUCGUCCCCUUCCGAGAUCGACGAGCUCUUUGAAGGACUCUUACCCCGCGUCGCGACGACCUCGAAAGCGCAAGCCGAUCUCAGGGCUCUCGACGUAGACAAAAAGUGGAUCAUGCUCAAAAGUGACGCGUAUAGGAACUGGAAGAAUGCGAGGGAAAAGAUCACGAAACGACAAGUCGACGCGAGGAGUCUGUCGAGCACGGCCUCGUCGAAUGGAAAUCCCAUUUCGGGGACCUUGACGGAUGUUUCAGGUGGGGCGGCGGCGGCGGCGAAUGGGGGAGCGCAGAAUGGCGGGACGAGAACUGUCAAGGCUUGGGGGAAGAACGAAAGCCCUGAGGCGUACAUUGCCAAGUUCAUGGACGGCACGAUUGAGCAGAGCCAGGUGGCGAGUUUGAGUGUUUGUUUGCGGACCUAUGAACUGAGGUGCGCCACUUCUUACUGGGCCGAACGUUGAAUGCAUGUGCUAACUCAAGCCUACUAUUCGUCUCUGCAGCUGGUUGCAACAGUUCAUUGCUCUGAAAGGUCAGGCCGUACUCGGCAAUGCGUUACAUAUGCUCAACCGACCGGAUCCGACGCGCAAGCCCAACCCAGCAAUGGAAGCCGAGCUCAUCAAAUGCCUACGAACGCUCUUCAACCAUACCGACGGCGCCCGCGACGCGAUCGACAACAACUCCUCCAUCUCACCCAUCACCGCUUCCUUGGCCUCCGAGAUCUCGACUCGGAAAGCCGUUAUCGAGCUCUUGACCUUUUUCAUCAUUCGUGACCGGAAUCGGGGCUGGAACCUUGUUUUGAAGGGCCUGAACGACUUUUCGACUUCGAGGAGAUUGCCGGGCCGGUUUGACGCGUGGUUCUACUUUUGGGAAGCUGCGAUUGAUGGACGAGGUCGAUUCGGAAGUUCGGUCGGGGCGAGUGAAGCUGUUUUGAGUUUGAGAAGUGGUGGGGCAAAGGAGAUGCAGAAAGGUUUGGUGGCCAAUGGAUAUAGGGAGUUGAAUAGUGCGGGUCUGGAUAUCAAGGAUUCGGGGUUGAGUGAAUUUGCGGUCAGUUGCCUAUCGGGUAAUGCAGAUUCGGCGAUGGAGAGGGACUGACUUGGCCGGGCUGGGCUCGUGCAGAUCUCGAAUAUGCUGCUCAUGAAGGAGUUGCUGCACGACCGCGACCUCAAAGUCCGGCUGCACCUCCGCGCCGAGAUGGAAACCUCGGGCCUUAAACGGAUCCUCGACAAGCACCGCGUCUUGGACCAUGCGAACCUUCAUCGCCUCAUCAUCAACCACUACGAGGACGCGCACAACGACGAACUCGAACUCGCCGAUCUGAUGAAGGAGGAAGUGCGCAUGAAUUUUUCGGACCCUAGGGGAUGCUUCGACGCGAUCAUGGAGAAUACCGAGGGACGGGCGUUGGACUUUUGGCAUUCAGCGCUCAAGCAUGUUUUGCUCAUCCCUUCUGAACCAGAGUUGCGGCUGCGGUACUUUCAGCUCAUCGAUCGACUCGUCGCCAGCAUCGUCACGGACCAGAAGGGUUUGGACGGUGAUUUCUCGGCCCUGUUGGGCUCGAGCGUCGCUUCGAUGGUGGCUCAUUUCGGUAGUCAGGAGAAACUCGCGGAUGCACUCGACGAUCUGGCGGACGCUCAAGCUACGAUCGAGAAGAUGAAGCGCGAUCGCGAGGAGCUGCAAUCCGAGAUUGACCAAGGUGCCCAAGGCGCAGUCGGGGAACUCAAGACCCGCAUCGCGACGCUCGAGCGUGCGCUGGCUACUUCCCGAGCAGCGACGGAUUCGACCAAGACCGAAGGCGCGAUCAAGGAACGUGAUUACCAGGGGCAGAUUGCUGGAUUGCGCUUGGACAACCGGGUCAUGUUUGAGCGAUUGCAAAAGGCGGGCUUGAUUGAGGAUCUUGCGGAUGAGCUCAAGGACAGGAUGGAGAAGCAGAUACAGAGGAGCAAGACGGUGCAGAUCCUCGAAGGGAGUAAAGGGGAUAGUUCACCGGAGAGUCAGAAGAGACCGACCAGUCGGCCGGGACCGACCGUGCUUGGCUCGACGAUGGCUAGGAGGCGGCAUGAGACGAUAUCCGAGGCACCUGUGAGUUAUAUUUCGUUAUUGGUCGAGGAUGCUGUGCUGUAGCUGAUUGCCGUGGAGUUUCUUGACCCUGCUCAGAUCGUCGAGGAUUGGUCCCCGACUUUCAGCACCUUCCCGUCCAUGUCUCCACUUGUGGUCGGAGCCUCACCUGCCUCACGGCCGAACCCGGCACUCCCCUUGAACAUUCCCGAGACGGAUUCGACACCACAAGCGUCGCGCCGGUCACUCGUCUCACGCCCACUGACGCCCGAGAGCACCCCGACCAAGAACCUCGCUUCAGUACUGCGAGCCUUGCCCAUCUCACGCGAUGCCCACUUGCCAGCACCGACACUCGCCGAGCAAUUGCGGCAGGUCCACCACCAAAUGUCCCCGUCUCGAGGCGGCGACCUGACCGACUCGGAGUAUUCCAGCUCGGUACCGGGGACACGCUCGGCCACACCGAGAUCAAGCAUGGCUUUAUCCGAGUCCGACAAUGAGGUUGUAACGUCGCCAACCGGAGCAAGCCGGAUCGAAGGUGUUGCUCUACUUACCACGUUCGACGCAGAUGCCACGACCAGGGUCGAAGAACUCGAAGACGAGGAAGAACAGGAAGGAGAAAUGGAAGUGCUCGCUCGCCAAUCGUUGGCAUCCCCUUCGAGGCGUGCCGGCAUUUCGUCCAUCUCCUCUUCGACGAGCAAGGGUUUCGAUUUCCUCCCAGCGCUCGCGUUCGAUAGUGAUACAGGAUCGGCGGAGGACCACGACUCGUUCCGCUUUGCUUUCGAAACUGCGCCUUCGACCCCGCUCAUCCCCGCGACGAGCUCACCCAUUCCAGGUCAAAGUCUGCGCACGCCGCCGACGCGAAUCCCUGCUGGAAUCUUCACUUCCGAAUCCCCACUACUCGAGUCGCCCACGCCAGCAGCCCCAAGAACUCUCAAGGAACCGACGAGUACGCCCACCGUCGUACUUUCAGAUUUGUUCCAGCCUGUGCCACCUUCCGCUCCGCAAGCAAAGUCUUCGCCAGCGAAGUCUGCUUCGACUUCGGCCCCACCUCCACCCCCUCCUCCUCCGCCUCCGCCACCUCCGCCACCGCCUCCGCCACCGCCCCCUCCACCUCCACCACCGUCUACCGCAGUCGCCGGCGGAACAGGCGCUAUGCCACCACCGCCGCCGCCUCCAGCACCUCCAGCUCCCAAAGUUCGCUUCGGCGUCAAGACCGGCGCGCCCGCGACACUGAGCGAGGUUCUCGCCGCCAAAUCGGGCCUCAAGAAAGGGGGAUCCGACACGGGCUCGAGUCCACGGUCUGUCGCCGCAGGUUUGCCGCCAGCUCCUACUCCGCCCGCUCCUCCACCACCUCCAGGUGCGCCUCGCGCUUCCCCAGCACCUGGCGCAUCCCGUGCACCCAUGGCACCCGGUGCUGCCGCAACCCCUCGAGUCGCGGGCCUUCCCGGCGUCGAUCCACCGCAGCGCAAGCUCAAGACGUUCCAAUGGGACAAGGUACCCGCGAACUCGAUCACCUCGACGGUGUGGGACAAGAUGAACCUUGAUGUUGUGUCCCUUGCUGCCAAGCUCAAGUCCGAGGGUAUCUUCCAUGAGAUCGAGGACGAUUUCCGGGCCAAGCAGAUGGUACGGGAUGUGACGAAGCGCGAGAAGAGGGAUUUGAUGACGGUCCUGCAGCCUCAACAGAGGCAACGAAUCUGUACGUGCACUCACCGUUCUGUCUAUCUCAGACUAUGACGGAGCUGAUGAUGUCGACUCUUUUCGUUCUGCAGACAUCUCCUUGCUCAAGCCAGCUGCUCCAGGCGAAAAUCCCUGGCCGUCAAUCAAGGCUGCUGCGCUCCGUAUCCUUCGCUACGAUGACGAUCUCAAAGAAGGCAUGUUGAGCGAGUUCCAAGCCCUAUUCCCCAAUGCCGAGCAAGAAGCUUCACUCAUCCCACACAAGACGACACCACCACUCGAGCUCGACAUGCUCGACCCAGCCGAUCGCUUCCUCAUCGAAUGCCUCAAGAUGCAUCGUAUCAAGGGCAGGAUCAAGGCGAUGAUCUAUCGCGAGCAGUUCCUGGAAAGUAUGGCCAAGCAUGAGGAAGAGGCGUUGCGCGUGUAUGAAGCGGCCAAGACCCUCUUGAACGCUCCUCGGUUCUUUGAUUUGCUAGAAGUGAGACUCACCCUAGCUCUCUAUGACUGGCUUCAUCUAACCGGGUCACUCACACUUCAUUCUCUUUCCCGUAGCUCAUCCGUAUUCUCGGUAACCAUCUCAACGGCGGGGGCCACAAGGGUGGAGCGCACGGUUUCCGCAUCUCGUCCAUCAACAAGCUCGUUGACACGAAAGGGCAAUCGACGGACCGAACGCUUCUGCAUCAGGUCGCAAAGACAGUCGCGCGCGUUGUCCCGUCGACCGAGGCGUUCCUGGAGGAACUAGCCAAGCCUGCCGACGCUUAUAAGAGUGAGUCAAAUUCUGAUCUGAUCUUCACCUUCGAUCAGGACACUGCACUAAGACAUCACCUCGUCUCCUCAGCCGAUUUGUCCAGUGUCCGCACCGCCCUCGCCAAGUUUCACCAAGACCAAGCUGCGCUCGUCGAGCUUCUCAAAGACUUUGAGGAUGUCUCCGACCUCGACAAGGAUGACGGAUUCCCGAAAAAGAUGUUCCGCUUCUCUCGCGAUGCCGGCGAGCGUAUCCUCGCUUUGACUGAUCUGGUCACCCUGGCUCAGAACACGUACCAAGAAGCGCUCAAGUUCUACAACGAGGAUACCAAGACGAUUACUUCGACCGAGGAAUUCUUUGGUAUCUUCAAGACGUUCGUGUUGUCCUACAAGGUGCGUCGAAAAACGUAUCCGAACGUACGCUCGGGGCUGGGCUGACUUUGUCUCGAGGGUUUCUGUUGCAGCGUGCGCGAGAAGACAAUCGACUCUCCGCGGAGCGUGCGGUCAAGGCGGCGGAAGCCAAGGUAAGUGAUGGCCGCAACCCUCGUAUCAGGGCAUGUACUGAUUGACGGGUAAACCCGAUUACAGGCCCGAAAAGAGGCUGCCGCCGCCGCAGCAGCAGCAGCAGCUGCCGAAGGUGACACGCUCGUGGACGACAUCAUGCGCAGUCUCCGAGAGAGGUCGCUUGCCGACUCGCCUCGAACCGUCCGCCGCGAUCGUCGUCGCAACGGAUCGUCAGUGUUCAAGUCGCCGCGCAUCUCUCAAGGCGAUGACGACGAAGCGGAUGAGCUGGCACCGCCUGCCAAUCCUGCUACCAAAACGGAGGAUCUAGCGGGCGCUGCUCGGUCACUGUUGGCUUCUUUGACAGGGGAUGGGGUGAGUUUGCAUCGAGGCCGGCGUAUUAAUGCGUUCCAGCGAACUGACUCGUCUAACUUUUUCGUCUUUAGUUCGUCACACCACCUACCUCAUCAUCCAACACACCCCGGCAACGCACACGUGCUCGCGAAGGCCGCCGUAACAUCCAACGUACCAGCUCCGGUGACGGUGACGAAGGAGGUGGAAAUCCCUCCUCCCCCCUCUCGCAGGAUUCGGGCCUCCCUCCCGUAGGUGACGUCAGCCCCUCCGCACCAUCAGACCUCCCUACUAUCCGAGCGAUCGAAGUCGAAGUCGAUGAUGCUGAUGCAAGCCUAGGUCCGAGGAAGAAGCCUACCAUGGAAGAUGUCGUCGAGGAAGAAGAGGACGAGUGA